AGCCAAGUUGUACCUAUGAGAAAAAUAAGAUUUGGAGCCAGAUGCAUAGAAAUAUUGAAAUUUACACAAGUUUCUUCAUUUCUCCUUUGACUUUUUCUCAUGGUUUAGUUUAAAAAAAUGUGUUGUUGUUGAUGAGCUUCACAUUAAUUUUUAUUUAUUAUUUCAGUCAUGUCCUGAGAUGACCUCUGACACCGAUGUCUCCAGAACAGCAGAGAAGACUGCAGAGAGGCAUCCAUCCACCACCAUGCAGGACUUGGAUGAAUCAGACUCUGAUCAUUCAGCAAACAGAACUGGAAUCAUUCCUUGCCUUGUUGGCUACACAGAUUCUGAAGAAUCUCCCGGUCCACACACCAGCUCUUUACAGCUAAAUGAAAGCUGCGAGACAUGGAGUCUGUCUUCUGAAUCUGAACUUACCCUCACUGACCAAGACAAACAGUCUAUUCCAAGAUUGAGGAGGACCAAGAGCAUACAGAUGAAAGGUCGAGUUGACUUUGAUUCAGAUGAGCUUUAUGAUCACACCUCAGAUGACAGUGGAGAAGAGUAUAUUCCUAAGAGUGUUGAAGAUUCUUCUGAAGAUUCAGACCCUUGUGACAUUAAGACUGACCAGAAAAUAACAAAGCUCAGAUUUCCAAACUUGGGGAAGACAGUAGAUGUCAGAGAUGGAUGUCUCCCAGUGACAGAACUUGUCCAUGCCACUUUGAAUCCGAAGAGAGGGCGCUCAUCUUCAAGAAAAGAAGGCACCUCUGGUACAAGGCGAAGAAGAAGAUGUUCAAGCAGUGUGCCUUGCCCAGCAACACAAACAAGUACUGGUAACUUAUCAGAACAGAGUGGAGGGGGCGACUCUAGACAUAGAGUCCUGUUGGAUAAUUCGGCACAUGAUCUAGAGCAAAAUCUACCUGACAGCACCUCUUCCCUGGGUGGAGUGAUUGAUGAUUUACUUUCCAUACCUGCUGUUUGUAAGAAAGAGGAUGGAUCAAGAAUGUAUAACAAAAAGCAAUACUGUCUGUACUGUAAAUUGGGGGUUAUAAAAAUGGCAAGGCAUUUGGAGCGCGCUCAUCAAGACAAGUCCGAGGUUGCAAGGGCUGUGUCCUUCCCAAAAGGCUCAAAAGAAAGACGGAUGCAUAUGGAACACUUGAGAAACAAGGGCAACUUUGCACAUAAUGUUGAAGUAUUGAAUUCUGGUGUUGGAAUUCCUGUUCCUCGCAAGCAACCAAAGGAUGAAUCUCAAGUGCAGAAUUUUCUGCAUUGUGCAUAUUGUCAGGGCUUCUUUACAAAGAAAGUCCUUUGGAGGCACAUGAAGAUCUGCAAAUUCAAACCUAGUAUUCCACCUAAACCUGGCAAAACACGUGUCCAGGCGCUUUGUGGAUUUGCUGCGCCUCCACCACCUGGAGUGAAGGAACAACUUUGGAAGCUCCUGAACAAAAUGGUUCGGGACGACGUGUAUUUUGCUGUCAAAUCUGAUCCAUGUAUCAUGGAGUAUGGUGAACAUUUAUACAACAGGCUUGGGUAUGAUCCUGGCAAACAUGAAUACAUUCGCCAGAAAUUGAGAGAGUUGGGACGGCUUCUGAUAUGCUCAAGAAAAAACACUCCCUUGAAGAUGAUUCAAGAUCACAUCAAGCCUGCAAAUUUCAUGUACGUUAUUGAGGCAGUUAAAGACGUUGCAGGCUACAAUAGUGAAACAGAUGCAUACAGGUGCCCCAGUCUGGCUCUCAAAAUUGGAUACAGCCUGAAAAAGAUUUCAAUGCUUGUUGAAAGCCGUGCAAAUGUACAAAGUGACUACAGUGCAGCAAAGGAUGCUCGUACAUUCCGCAGCGUGUAUGAAGCCAGGUGGAAUGAGCUGAUAUCAGCUGCAUCACUGAGAACACUUCAGGAGUCCAAGUGGAAUACUCCUCAGUUGCUUCCAUUCACAAAAGAUGUUCAGACACUCCAUUCCUUUUUAGAUGCGCAGCAAGAAGAACUUUUCAGCCAACUAUCCUCAGAGACGUCCCCCCAGACCUGGGCACAGCUGACGAAAGUCAUUUUGACUAAAGUCAUUUUGUUUAACCGUCGAAGAUCUGGGGAAGUGUCAAAAAUUCCGGUUUCGGCUUAUUUGUCUCACAAUCCAUCAGACCCACAGGAGGAAGUGAAUUUAGCACUCUCAGACCUAGAGAAGAAGCUCUGUCAGCAUUUCCGAAGGAUUGAAAUAAGAGGUAAAAGAGGACGAAAAGUUCCUGUACUUUUGACCCCACCAGUGCAAGCAGCAUUGGAUCUGCUCAUCAGAAAAAGACAGGAAUGUGGGGUUCUCCCAGAGAACACAUACCUGUUUGCACGACCAUCAACUCUCAUCUGCUUUCGUGGAUCUGACUGUUUGCGACACUUUGCCAAGGUCUGCGGUGCAAAAAACCCUGAAAGUCUGACUUCAACAAAAUUACGCAAACAAACUGGGACCCUGUCACAAGUCCUUAACCUCACUAACACAGAGCUCGAUCAACUAGCAGAUUUUCUUGGACAUGACAUUAGAGUGCACAGACAGUUUUACAGACUUCCAGAGGGCACUCUCCAACUGGCUAAAAUAAGCAAGGUUCUCAUGGCUCUGGAGCAGGGGUGUCUGGCAGAGUUCAAGGGGAAGUCCCUGGAUGACAUUUGUAUUGAUCCUGAAGAGAAUGUACACCUAGACAGCGACCAGGAAAGAGACCCUGAGGCACCAUGUGAAGCAGACGAUGAGUCAGACUCACCAGGUAAGCCCACCAGCCCCAAUAUGAUCCUUAAAUGUGUCCAUUGUCGCAGAUCCAUGGAUAACCACAAUUUUAUUGGCUAA